AUGACGACAACACUCACAUCCCCACGCCAGAUCUUAACAUCCCUCAUAACAUCGAUUUCAUCAAUCCCACCACCACCAGCACAAGCAGAUACCCAACAACCCCAGCGCCAACCAACCACGGACCAAAACCAGCAGCAAAACGUCCUCUCACAGCUUGACCCAUCCCACCGCCCGCUCCUCACGGCCUUGCACGCCCUCUUCCCCGCUCUUCUUCUGCCGGCGCUGGACCUACUGGACCGCGGCCUGGUCAGCCGCCUGGAGCUGCGCGACGACCGCAACGCACCAGCACAAAACCCCGAACCACCAGCAGCACCAGCAGCAACAGCAGCGCACAAAACCCCCGCCGCAGGCACGGGGCUGCAGCAAGACCAACCACCACCACCCGCGCCAGGCCCCACAGCGACAGCAGCCAUCUACCACGUCCGCUCGGCACAGCAGCCCCAUCCUCGCCACCGCAGCCGGGCGGCCGACCCGCCAAAGCCGCAGAGGACGUACGUCGUGCACCUGGCCGCGUGGAACUGCACGUGUGCGGCGUUUGCGUUCUCCGCGUUCCCUGGCGGCGGAGGGAGGGGUGGUGGUGAUGAUGAUGAUGAUGAUGAUGAUGCCGGUGCUGCCGGUUUGGAGCCGGCGGCGUGGCCGACGCCGCGCGAGCUGGAAUUUGGCGGCUUGAGCCUGGACGGCACGCGCGGCCGCGAGGCGCAGGGCGUGCCGUGCUGCAAGCACCUGCUGUCAUGUCUGCUGGCGGACAGGUGGGCCGGGGUGCUCGGGAGGUAUGUGGUCGUGCGGAGGGUUGGGAGGGAGGAGAUGGCCGGGGUGCUGGCUGAGGGUUGA